UUUCAUUGGUCGAGCACUGCACUGCACAUUAUUCCCUGCGAUGGUGUGUUCACCGUACUUUAAACGCCACUGGUAAUACGUUACUGUGCACCACCGAUAACCACCUUUCAUUCUGCGAUAAAGAGACUAGCUCCCCGUAGCAGAGAGUGAAUGGAGGCGGCGUGCUGAAGGAGCACCGUGAGGAGCAACACCGGGACCGUGUUCCUGUAGCCCCGAGAAUGCCGUCUCUGUCGGAGCAGCUGCAGGAGGUCCGCAGUCGGGCUGAAGUGUGUCUGUACUCUGGGGGGAGGGUGGCGGAGGUGCGGGUGGGGGUGAUGGCUAUGGCAAAUCUGCCUUUACCGCCCUGCUCCAAAUACUGCCACAUCACCGCAGAGACCAUGGCCAUAGAAAACAGCUUCGGAAGCAACCGGAAGGAGACCCUCGCCUCUCUCCAGCGCUUGUCUACAGCGUUGAACAUCCUAGAGAAGUAUGGCUGUAAUCUGACAAAUCCCAACAGGCCGAAGUACUGGAGGACUGUGAAGCACAACAACCCAGUGUUCAGGGCCACUGUUGAUGCUAUUCAGGGAGGACGAGCAGUGCUUUGUCUCUAUGGUUACUCCAAUCAGCAGCAGGACGGGCUCAGCUUCCCCGAUGAUGUCACAGAUCCUGAUGUUGGUCGAGUUGCUGCAGUGACGCUGGAAGUGAUGAGUCUGAGGAUGGAACUAGAAAUGCUUACCAAGGAGGCUCAUCCCCACCCUGAGUUCUAUGAGAGAAUCAUCCCUACACUCAGACACAAGGAUGUGGGUCUCAACACUGACGCUGUGGUCUGCCACUUCUCCUCCUCCUGCCACUCAGACGGUCAGACUAAGUCUCUGGCCCUCCCCCUCCACCAUCACUCCUCCAGGGGGGGCAACCAGUCCCUGUCAACCACCCAUCAGAGUCUCAGGAACAUCCAGGUCUGUUCCACCUCCUCAAACAAACACCCAGAGAACUGCACUAUCUGUGGAAUAUUCCGGAUCUCUGCCCACUGCGUCACCUGCCUGCUGGGGUUGUGCUCAGAGUGUGACCGGCUGUACCACUCCUACCCAGAGAGGGCCCACCACCGACGGACAGUUGUCUCUUCCUCGUCAUCUUCAUCAUCCCAAAAUAAGAACAAUCACAGUUCUUCCACCUGGCGUUGCCUGCACUGCACUAAAGUCAACCCUGUCCACUGUGUGCUGUGUGAGGAGUGUGAGCGCCCUCGCUUGGAGUUGAUCAGCUCUAAAGCCGAUGAAUCUCAGCCUGCCACCAUCACUGAGUGGCAGUGUAAGAGCUGCACCAUGGUGAAUGCAGCCAGCAGUAUUUUGUGUGAAGUGUGUGAGAGACCGCGCUUAGCCACACGACCUCCAGUGACCCCGUCGCACCCGCCAAUCACGCCCCCCAGACCUCCAGCACCAGUACUGGGCAUGCCCGGUGACCCCGACAGCCAGUGGGUGUGUCAGUUCUGUACCUACCUGAACUACUCUCCUGCGACAGUGUGUGAGAUGUGUGACCUGGCUCGUCCGGAGCCGGCCCCCCUCCCUGUGAGGCUGCGCCCCCCCUCUCCUGUCAGACGGGUGCCAGCCUUGCCAAUCAAACCCAAGGGCCCCGCUCCUGAAGACCUGGACUCCUGGAGGCAGAGGCUGAUGAAAGAAGAGGGACUGAAGCUGAUCCAACUGAUCAGAGAUGGGGAGAAGAAAGGAGUGAGUCCAGAAGAGGUGUACACAAGCAUGAGGGUAGCAGGAGACAGCAGCAUCCUGCCCUGCAAGUGGUUAAAGACGGAGCUUCCUCUGCUGCUGGACCAGAUCAGCACGCUGGUGACAACAUCUCCCCUCUCAAGCAGGUCCCGUGACACUAAGGAUGAUGGGAAAGAGGUGGAGGGUGCAGAAAAAGAAGGUGUCGUCCAGUUGUCUCGAGCAGAGGCCAAGCAGGCCUGGCUGACAGCAGGGGGGGACACUGAGAGAGCAGCCAGACAGGCUCUGAGAGACCGACUCUCCAAGGUGAAGGAGCUGAGUGCACUGGGCUUCAGCGAUGAGGCUCCUUGUAAUGAGGCUCUGAGGCAGAGUGGGGGUGAGGUGAGGGGGGCCCUGGCCCUGUUGCAGAGGCCCCUUUUGGAGCCCUUCCACAAACACAUUUGGAGUGACAAGCCCGAGCCUCCUGUAGACAUCCAUCACCCUGACAAACAGCGCAUAUGUCGGAGGUUACUGGCAGUGUACAAUCUCCCCAGCUGGGGCCGCUGUGAGCUGGCUCUGUCCCUGCUGCUGGAGCACAGCGCCACCUACUCCCUGGAGGACGUGGUGCAGGCUGUGAGAGAGUCCCACGACAGGGAGUUCAUCCGGAGAGUGCUGGCUAAAGAGUGUCCCAUCUGCCUCUCUGUGUUCCCCCACAGCAAGAUGCAGUCCCUGACGUCAUGUCAGUGUUCCGUGUGCUGCGGCUGUUUCCAGCAGCACUUCACCAUUGCUGUGAGGGACAAACACAUCAGAGACAUGGUGUGUCCCGUCUGCUGGGAGCCCAACAUCAACGACCCUGAGCACCUCAACAGCUACUUCUCCACCCUGGACAUUCAGCUGCGGGAGUGUCUGGAGCCAGAGGUCUAUGAGCUGUUCCACAAGAAGCUGACGGAACAGGCUCUCAUCAAGGACCCUAAGUUCCUGUGGUGCUGUCAUUGUUCGUACGGGUUCAUCUAUGAUGGAGACCAGCUGAAAGUCACCUGUUUCCAGUGUCGCAACAGUUUCUGUGCUCAGUGUAAGAAGCCUUGGGAGUCUCAGCAUGCUGGCCUGUCCUGUGAACAGUACCAGUCCUGGAAGAGAGAAAACGAUCCAGAGUACCAGAGACAGGGCCUGGCUGGAUACCUGCGAGACAACGGCAUCACCUGUCCUAACUGUCGCUUCCAGUAUGCGCUGUCUAAAGGAGGCUGCAUGCAUUUCUGCUGCUCUCAGUGCCGCUACCAGUUCUGCAGCGGCUGCAACAACCCCUUCCACACGACCUGUGCAGUGGACGAGUGCAGCGUGUCGGGGUUACACGCCCACCAUCCCAGAGACUGCCUUUUCUAUCUGAGGGACUGGGAACCUGCCAGACUGAAGACCUUACUGCAGAAUAAUGGAGUGACCUUCAACACUGAGCCCCCCCCUGGAACACAGACAGGUCUGUGUGGAGUGAUCGAGCAAAAGGAUGAGGGGGGGCAACAGCCAGACUCAGACUGUGCUGCUCAGACUCAGCCUGGACACGCUGGACUGUGCGAGAAGCACUACCGGGAGUACCUGGUGAGCCUGAUCAACAGCCACUCCAUCGACCCCGCCCCCCUCUACAGCUCCAACGAGCUGCUGCUGGCCUGCAGGAGGUACAAGGUGGAGGACACCCGCAGGGAGGGGGAGGAGAGCUUCACCUACUUCAGCAGACUGCUACAGAAACUGAUGGAUGAAGAACCGCUGGGUGACAAGGUGCCACGCAAGAAAUAAUGACUCACUUCCUGCAGUCAUCUGUCUCCCCACCAUAGGACACACAGUUACAGUUUUCUUUUGGAUUGUCAAACACUGAGAUAUCAAAACCUGUACCUUUUGCCUGUAAAUACUUUAUAUGCAGCAUUUUUGUCCUUGUCAAGAUCCUGUGGACGUUGCUCGUGAUCUGAUUGGUCAGUAUUCCAAUCGGAUCCUCUGAACUGAAUCUUCAUCGGUGCUAGCUGUGUAUCAUUGGUUACCAUGGUGAUCUAUCUGUAACAAUUUCACAAUAGCCGGAAACCUGCUAGCCAAAGAUAGCUAACGUGCUAAUCUCACUCCGUGAUCCAGGCACCACGGCCUCAAAUCACUUUGUCACAUGAUGAAAUGCUUUACUGCACAUCUGUCAUUGUUUCGUAUUGUUAUAUACUUCUAUUGUGCAUGUUCAAACUUCACAUUUGAAUAUUAUAUUGUACAAAUCUUAAAAAUAUGAGUAGUAUCUACAAAAAACUGAAUGAAUGUAAACUCUUGAUCAA